UCUAUCGAUGAAGUCAAGAUGGCGACUCUGGCAAAAGCGCCAAUAUAUUUACUGAAGUAGAUGUUCUAAAUUAACCGAGGUAGCGGGUUUUCCCAAGCCCCUCGGUGGUUCAGUGAAACAUGAAGACCGGGAGCAUGUUUUUGAAGAGGAAUUGACCGGGAUUAAUACCGUAACGAAGUCAGCGAGAUGUGCGAGAGCUAUGCCCGCUCGCUGCUGCGUGUUUCGGUGGCGCAGAUCUGCCAGGCGCUGGGCUGGGAUGCGGUUCAGCUCACUGCGUGUGAUCUGCUGUCCGAUGUGCUGCAUCGAUACAUCCAGCAGUUGGCCAGGGUCUGCCAUCGGUACUCUGAGCUGUAUGGAAGAACCGAUCCGGUCCUGGAUGAUGUCAGCCAGGCUUUCAGACUGCUGGGGGUGAGUCUGAGCGAACUGGAGGACUACGUCCACAACCUGGAGCCCGUGGCCUUCACCCAUCAAACGCCGCUCUUCCCUGUCAGCAAAAACAAUGUCCUGCAGUUUCCUCAGCCCGGAGCCCGAGAUGCAGAGGAAAGAAAGGACUACAUUCCAGAUCACAUGCCACCGCUGGUCUCCUUACAAGAAGAAGAGGAGGAGGAAGAAGUCCCUGCUGACAUGGGCACCUCAGCUGAAGCUAUGCAGGUGGCACUGGAAGAGGAUGAGGAGGAGAUAGAUGAAGAUGAGACGGUCAACGACGAAAACCACCCACUAAAGAGGCACCUGGACAGUCCUGAUGCAGCUAUGGGCAUGAUGCCUACCUCCAAGAGACCGCGCAUGUACCCAGGGCUCAGCCCAGAAUGGGGGGUCGAGCCCAGGGAGCCCCUUACCUCUCUCAACCCUCAACGUGUUCCCCCAGGCAUGCUGCCGUCUCAUGACAGCCUCGACCCGCUGUCACCCGAAACACCUUCUGGAACUCUGCCUUCCUUCAGACCUCAGCCAGUAAUGCCAAAACACUCUGAUCAAAAGGGCCUCACUACUCCGGGAAGAAAGCCUAAGGUCUCAUCCCCAGGCAGACAACGGACUAAGUCCCCUAAAGGGGUUAUCCCUGUUCCAGUGGUUGGCAGUCCCAUCCAUUCUCCCAAACCAUCCAAGGAAAGGAAGAAAUCUCCAGGCAGGACGAAGAGUCCUAAAAGCCCAAAGAGCCCGAAGAUGGGUUCAGCUAAGGCGCCUCAACCACAGAGCAAGACAGAUGGCGUGCAUAAGCUCCCGCUGUCUGCGUUGAGUGAGAGAAUGGGCAAAGAGAACAUUCAUAUGCGUCAGAAUAUAGAAGACAGGGAGUUAGCCGAGGGCCCAUUCAAGAAACUAGAGCCUGAAAAUACAGCCAUUGAUGACUCUAUUGAUGCUGUGAUUGCUCGGGCAUGUGCUGAACGGGAGCCUGAUCCCUUCGCUUUCUCCUCAGGCUCUGAUUCAGAUAGCAAUGGAUUCUCCAGUCCCAGGAGACUGACCAUUAUGGAGCCGUCUACACCUAAAAACCCAAUUGUGGCUGGCCACAUGUUAAAAGACACGUCGACGCCACUCCACCUACAGCCACACGCAGGCCUCGGAAACUGGACUAUGGACGACUCGAUCAACGAGGUGAUCCGGAAGGUGAACCAGGGGGGUCCAUCCGCCCCCCCUCAGAACCAAGCAGAGUACGUGUCGUCCGGUUCAGCCUCACCACCCACACCUGAACCACUGCUCAAGAUUUUUGAGGAGAAAAACAAGAUUGUGUCAUCCGUAGAUGUCAAGAAGAAGCUGAAGAAGGAGCUCAAAACCAAGAUGAAGAAGAAGGAGAAAGACAAACCGAAAGACAAAGACCGGGAAAAGGAUAAGAGCAAACUCAAAGAGAAGAAUAAGGAGAAGAACAGGGAUAAAAACAAGGAGUUUUCCAAGGAAGCCAAGAUGCCUUGGAAAGACUUCGGACUGAAGGAUGAUGAACUCUUUGUUCAGCGAGACUUUACUCUGCCCGAGGGCUCCAUUAAGAUUAAAUCAAGAGAUGGUGAUGGCCCUAAGAAGGAGAAGGAGAAACAUAAAGACAAAAAGAAGGAUAAAGAAAAAAGUAAAAAGGACAAAGAUAAGAGGGACAAGGGUAAAGACAGAAACAAGGAUGACAAGCAGAAGCAAUCUGCCUUAUCCCCCUUUGCUCUGGGAGAAGUCCCUCCACUGUUCAGCCCCUCUACCUGCCUGCGCAUUCCCUCCAUGCUGCCUCCUCUGGCCCCGAUCCUCCAGGAUAAAGACGUGAAGAGCAAGGAGAAGGACAAGAAGAAAGACAAGAAAGAGAAGAAGAAAAAGAAAGAUAAGGAGAAGGAUAAGGAGCGAGAGAAGGCCAAGGAAAAGGAGAGGGAGAAAGAGGAGAAGAGGAAAGAAAAGGAGAGGGAAAAGGAGAAACGGGAAAAGGAGAAAGAGAAAGAAAAGGAGAGAAUUCGACUGGAGAAGGUGAAAAUAGACACUCCAGCAGCGUUGCCAUCUCCAGUCAUCCCCAGACUGACACUCAGGGUGGGAGCGGGUCAGGACAAAAUUGUUAUCAGCAAGGUGGUCCCGAAUUCAGAGCCCAAGACGCCUGCACCCAAGAUCCCCGCUGUCAAGUCAGGACCUGUGGUUCUUCCUCGGCCGCCCCCGCCGCCGCCGGUGCUCCCCCAAGUCCCACUCAUCCUGCCCCCACCUCGCUCACCACCUCCACCCGUGCCUCCCCCGUCGUCGUCAUUGCUCACCCCAUCCCCUAUGCUUUCUCCCGCCGCUUGCAUCAAAACGCCAGUCCGCAGCGUCGUGACUGAGACCGUCAGUACUUAUGUGAUUCGUGACGAGUGGGGAAACCAGAUCUGGAUUUGUCCUGGAUGUAACAAACCUGAUGAUGGCAGUCCCAUGAUAGGAUGUGACGACUGUGACGACUGGUACCAUUGGUAA